AUGAGUGACAGAAAGAAUCGUAAAAGAAAAAAUUUAGAAGAUGAUAGUUUUGAGAAUGAUGAUAUUUCACAAAAAAAAUGUAACGAGGAUAAAAAUUUAAAUAAUGAUGGAGCUGAAUCACUUUCAAUAGAAGAAACAAAUCGAAUUCGUGCCGAAUUAGGACUUGCUCCUUUAGAAAUAAAUGAUAAUGAUAAGAAGAAUGAACCAAAGAUUGGUAAAAAUGGUGAGAAAAUUAUAAUUGAAAAUGGUGUUGAAAUACAUUGUAAACCAUCAGAAAAUUUAACACUUAAAAAAGAAUCUGAAAAAAUUAAAGAAAGAUUAGAGACAAAUAAAAGAAAAAGACAUGUAUAUGAAAAAGUUUUGAAGAAAGACAAAGGUUUAGCUGAUUCAGACAGUGACGAAGAUGUCAAUAAUUGGUUAGAAAAAACAAAAAGUAAAAUAUUGUCUAAGGAGAGUGCAUAUGAUGAGUUAGAUGAACAAUUGGUAAAUGCUGGUAAAAUUGAAAGUGAAAAAUUAAAAAAAAAAAAAGAAAGGAGAAAAAAAAUUGUGGAUAAUGAUAUCACUGCAAGUGGAUUGAUAGUUGGACACUCUAAAGAGUCAUUUUUGGAUGGAACUAAUACAAUUCUUGUUUUACAAGAUAAACAUGUAUUAGAUGAUAAUGAAGAUGAAGUUUUAAUUAACCCUAAUCUUAUAGACAAUGAAACUGCACAAAGAAAUGUUCGUUUACGAAAAAAUCAAAAUCAUUAUAAUGAUUUAACAGAAGAUUAUGAUGAAUGGGGAAAUCCUAUAGAUAAAGGUGUUCUUUCAAAGUAUGAUGAAGUAUUAGAAGGUGAAAAAAAAGAAAUGUUUCGUCUUGACGAUGAUGGGUGUAUGGAUGUUGAGAAAGAGGCGAAAGAAUUAGAAAUUAAAAAAAAAUUACAUAUGGAAAGAUUAAAGCUUCAAAGUUUGGAGACUGAUAAAUAUAAAUUAGCGAGUGAUUUUUAUACAGAAGAUGAGAUACUUUCAUUUAGGAAACCAAAAAAAAAGAAGAAUAAAGGAAAAAAAUUAAAAAUUAUUGAUGAAGAAGAAUUACUUCCAGAAGUUCAGGAUACUGAAAUUGAUAAAAGGGAAAAAGCUAUUAGGUUAGCUAAAAGAAAUGAAGGACAAUUAAAGAUGAAAGUUGUUGAUAAUUGUGAUAUAGGUGGAAAUACAAUAAAUUUAAGAAAAUUUUUAAACGACGAUAAUGAUGAAAAGAUGGAGGCUAAUAAUGAUGAAAGUGAUGAAGAAUUGAAAGAACAUAUUAAGAUGGCAAGUAUUGUAAUUGAGGAUGAUUUUGAAAGUGAACUUAAUGAUAUUCUUAAUCGUACUCGAAAACUUAAGCAACUAAAAAAUAUCACUGAAGAAAAAAAAGAUAUUGGAUUACAAACAACAGAAAUGUUAAAAAAAUUGAAAGAGGUUAAAAAAGAAGUUACGGAAGAUACGGGAUUUAUCAUUGAUUCAACAACUGAAUAUUGUAGACAUAUUGGAGAUUUUGAUAAUAAUGUUGUUAAACAAGAAUAUAAUAGUGAUGAAGAAAUGGAUGUAUCAGAGAAGAGUGAUGGUGAUGAGGAAGACAGAUUAAAUAAAAAAUUUAGUAAGGAUAAUUUUAAAGAAGCAUCUACAGGUUCAUCACUUCAAAUUAAGAAAGAGGAUGAUGAUGAUGAUGAGUUUAAGGAUUACGUCAAUGUUUUUGGUAAAGAAGAUACUACAUCUCGUGGGAUAGGUGGGAUGUUAAAACUAGCAGGUCAAAAAGGAUAUUUUGAAAAUAAAAAAAUUAAAAAAGAAAAAGAAGAAAAAUUAACAAAUUCUAAUUUAUUAUUACCACCUUCAAAAAUAAAAGUUGAUAAAAGUCAUGUAGAAGAUGAUGCAUUUACCAAAAAGAUGGAUAAAAUUGUUAGAAGUAAAGCUGGAAGAGGUGGAGGUCCUAUUUUUGAGGACAAGUUAGAUUACAAUCCCCAGGUGACGUUAUCUUAUGCUGAUAGUAGAGGUAGAGAAUUAAAUCCUAAACAAGCGUUUAGAGAACUAUCAUGGAAAUUCCAUGGUAAAGCACCUGGUAAAAAACAGACAGAAAAACGGUUAGCUCGUUUUGAAAAAGAAGAUAAAAUUAAGAAGAUGAAUUCUUGCUUUACUCCGGUUGAUUUUAAAGGAUAA